AUGAAGUACAUUUUGGUAUGCGGAGGAGUUAUUUCCGGAGUAGGAAAAGGAGUUAUAGCAAGUAGUGUAGGAAGAAUAUUGAAGGAGGAAGGAGAGCAUGUGACAAUUGUAAAGAUUGACCCGUAUUUAAACUUCAACGCAGGAACGCUAGGACCAAGAGACCAUGGAGAGGUGUUUGUUUUGGAUGAUGGAACAGAAACGGAUCUAGACUUAGGAAACUACGAAAGAUUCCUGGGGUCCAAUCUCACAAAGUUCAACAGUAUAACAAGCGGGCGCAUAUACAGCGAAGUAAUCAAGAGGGAAAGAGAAGGAGAGUAUCUUGGAAAAACAGUGCAGGUAGUGCCCCAUGUGACAGACCACAUUAAAAAUAGCAUCCGAAAUGCAGCAUGCCUUCCCAUUGAGAACAACACAACAACACCAACUGUCUGUGUGAUUGAGCUGGGAGGAAUAGUAGGGGACAUUGAGUCCACAACUUUCAUCGAGGCGCUAAGGCAGAUGUAUGUGGAAGAGGGAAGAGAGAAAUUUGUCGUCAUUGGCGUGGACUAUGCGCUUGAGGUGAACGGUGAGCACAAGACAAAGCCAAUCCAGGGGUCCGCAAAGAGAGCAAGAGAGCUGGGCAUCCCAUACGAUGUGAUAGUGUGCAGAUCAGAAACCGCUGUGGCAAAAGAGGCUUUGGAGAAAAUAUCACUUUUCACAGGUGUUGAAAAGCUAGUGUUGAUGCCAAACUGCAAUGUGCUUUCUGUUCCAGAGUUACUUUUAAAACAGACCGGAAUUCUGAGCUACCUUCAAAAGAGGCUGAACAUGAAGCCUGUUGUUUCUGAUCACAUGCUAGAGAAAGGCAAGUAUUUCGAAAAAAUAACAGAUGAAAAAAAGCACACCUGCAAGGUCGCGAUUGUUGGGAAAUACAGCAACCACGAGGAUGCGUAUCUUUCUAUUAAAGAAUCGCUGAAGUUUGCAGGCUCGGUUGAUGAGCUGAGUGCAGACAUUGAAACAACAUACUUUGAUACCUCAUUCUUCUUGAAAUCUGAAAAUCUUUCUAUUCUUAAAGAGUUUGAUGGAAUAGUAAUACCAGGAGGAUUUGGAAAGAGAGGUGUGGAGCAGAUGAUACUUGUUGCAGGAUAUGCAAGAGUCAACAAAAUCCCUCUUCUUGGCAUAUGCCUAGGAAUGCAGGUGAUUGCAAUUGAGUAUGCAAGAAGCAUUCUGAAUAUUCAAAAUGCAACAAGCGAGGAGCUGGUUGCUGAAGAAGAGGACAUACAUACCAUUAUUGAUGACAGAAUCAAUGAGUUUGGUGCCAACCAGGAUAGAACAGUUCCUCAUUCAUUGAUUAUUUCUAAGCACUCAAACCAUAUGCGCAUUGGAAGGCACGAAACAGAGACAAUUGCUGGAUCCCGAAUGGCAGCUUUCUAUGGAAACUCAAACGGCUCUAUUAUAUCUGAAAGAUUUAGACACAGGUAUGGAGUAAAUGUGAAGUACAUUGCAGACUUUGAAAAGAAUGGCCUUAAGAUUGCAGCAAGGCACAAGAACUAUAUAGAUGCACUUGAGAUCCCAGAGCAUCCUUUCUAUUGCGGAGUGCAGUUCCAUCCAGAGUUCCUUUCCAAGCCAGACGCCCCAAGGCCUUGCUUUAUAGCCUUCCUGUCGGCAUGCCUAGGAGUAGACAAAGAGCAAUAG